CCAAAGUCUUUCCCUUUCCUUACGAAGCUACUCCAUUUCCGGUGAGAGCUCCGACAGUCGAUAGAGAGAGAAAAAAAUGGGGACUUCGGUGCAGGUGACGCCGCUUUGCGGCGUCUACAACGAGAAUCCAUUGUCGUACUUGGUCUCCAUCGACGGCUUCAACUUCCUCAUCGACUGUGGCUGGAACGACCACUUGGACCCUUCCAUUCUUCAACCUCUCACCAAGGUCGCUUCGACGGUCGACGCAGUUUUGCUGUCCCACGCCGAUACGCUUCACCUCGGCGCUCUCCCCUACGCAAUGAAGCAAUUCGGCCUCUCCGCUCCGGUUUACUCCACCGAACCAGUUUACAGACUCGGUCUCCUCACAAUGUACGAUCAAUUUCUUUGGCGCAAGCAAGUUUCGGAGUUCGAUCUGUUUACUUUGGAUGAUAUUGACUCUGCUUUCCAGAACGUCACCAGACUUACGUAUGCUCAGAAUCAUCACCUUUCUGGUAAAGGAGAAGGAAUUGUGAUAUCACCGCAUGUGGCCGGGCAUUUGUUGGGGGGGACUGUGUGGAAGAUAACAAAGGAUGGGGAGGAUGUUAUAUAUGCUGUUGACUUUAACCACCGCAAAGAAAAGCAUUUGAAUGGGAUUAAUCCAGCGUCUUUUGUUCGGCCUGCUGUUCUUAUAACGGAUGCCUAUAAUGCUUUGAAUAACCAGCCUUAUAGACGCCAAAUGGACAAAGAAUUUACAGAUACAAUAAAGAAGACUUUACGAAUAGAUGGAAAAGUGUUACUACCUGUUGAUACUGCUGGACGAGUUUUGGAACUUCUUCAAAUUUUGGAAUCGUGUUGGGCAGAGGAAAGUUUGAGUUAUCCAAUCUACUUUCUAACAUAUGUUGCAUCUAGCACCAUUGAUUAUGUCAAGAGUUUCCUUGAGUGGAUGAGUGAUUCUAUAGCAAAGUCUUUUGAAAAGACACGUGAUAAUGCUUUUCUUCUGAAGCAUGUCACACUUUUAGUCAACAAGACUGAUCUCAAUAAUGCUCCAGAUGGUCCAAAGGUUGUUCUAGCAUCGAUGGCUAGUUUGGAAGCCGGUUUUUCCCAUGAUAUAUUUGUUGAAUGGGCGACUGAUGCCAGGAAUCUUGUGCUUUUUACAGAACGAGGCCAGUUUGGCACAUUGGCCCGUAUGCUUCAAGCAGAUCCACCUCCAAAAGCUGUAAAGGUCACGAUGUCCAAGAGGGUCCCUUUAGUUGGGGAGGAGCUAAUUGCCUAUGAAGAAGAGCAAAACCGAAUAAAAAGGGAAGAGGCUUUAAAGGCUAGUCUUAUUAAAGAGGAGGAAUCAAAAGCAUCUCAUGGGACUGAUAUUAACAUAAGUGAUCCAAUGGUCAUUGACGCGAGCAUUACUAAUCCUUUGCCAGAUGUGGCAGGUCCACAUAGUGGUGGAUACCGUGAUGUAUUCAUUGAUGGAUUUGUUCCUUCAUCCACCAGCGUUGCCCCAAUGUUUCCAUUUUUUGAGACUACUUCUGAGUGGGAUGAUUUUGGUGAAGUCAUAAAUCCUGAUAAUUACAUAAUCAAGGACGAAGACAUGGACCAAGGAGCAAUGCAUGUGAGUGGUGAUAUGGAUGGAAAGCUUGAUGAAGCGUCUGCUAGUUUGAUACUUGACACAAAGCCGUCAAAAGUCAUAUCUAAUGAAUUGACUGUGCCAGUCAAAUGCUCAUUGCUUUAUAUGGAUUUUGAAGGCCGUUCUGAUGCACGAUCCAUAAAAUCAAUUCUCUCCCACAUGGCUCCUCUAAAGCUUGUUCUGGUUCAUGGAACAGCGGAAGCCACGGAACAUUUGAAGCAACAUUGCAUUAAACAAGUUUGUCCUCAUGUUUAUGCUCCCCAAAUUGAAGAAACUAUUGAUAUCACCUCUGAUUUGUGUGCUUAUAAGGUACAACUGUCUGAGAAGCUGAUGAGUAAUGUGCUCUUUAAGAAGCUUGGAGAUCAUGAAACUGCUUGGGUUGAUUCUGAAGUUGGUAAGACAGAAAAUGGCACUCUGUCUUUACUACCCCUUUCAAGUGCAGCUCCACCACACAAAUCUGUCCUUGUAGGUGAUUUGAAAAUGGCAAAUUUCAAGCAGUUUCUGGCUGAUAAUGGUGUCCAGGUCGAAUUCGCUGGUGGGGGUGCUCUGCGAUGUGGUGAAUAUGUGACACUGCGCAAGGUUGGGGAUGCUAGCCACAAAGGUGGUGGUCCUGGGACGCAGCAAAUUGUCAUCGAAGGCCCCUUAUGCGAGGAGUAUUAUAAGAUUCGAGAAUAUUUGUAUUCACAGUUUUUCUUGCUUUAAAUCAAGAGAUUUUGACCCUUAAUAACCGAUGGAACUGUAAAUGUGCCUUUUGCAAGUCGGUGUGAGGCUAUGAGCGGAAUCAAAAUAGGUUGUGAGCUGCUGGGGGUCUUUUGAAAUCUACACCUCUUGUCCUUUCAAAACGUUGGGCAGAACUUUUUGGCCACAAUGGAUGUAUUCACUUUGUCUUUUAGGUUAUAGGAGAAAAUAACGCAAAUUAUAUUUGCUCUUGUUAAUGUCGGAAAGAAGAAGGAUUUAAAGGAAUGAUUAUAAUUUACUUUGGUUGGAACCUUGUUAACUCUG